AUUAGAAUAUUAAGAGUAUUCAAUAACUAUAUGGAUGUAUCUUAUAUCUAGGUACAUCUAUCACGCCUAGAGAAGAAGGAAAUGGAUUGUCCUAUUGACAUCCGCACAUCGCCAAGGACGCCCAUGCCAGCGUCUGAGCAGCAGAUGAUAGAGGAGUUUUGGAGGACGAAACAAGAAGAGAUUGAAGCAAUUGAGGACUUCGGUGAGCGUGCAAUUCCCAUGACCCGUCUCAAGAAGGUCAUUUGUGCUGAAAAAGGUAAAAUGAUGAUGACAUUUGACACGCCUUCCUUCCUGACAAAGGCGUGUGAGAUGUUUGUGCAAGAACUUACGUUCUGUGCUUGGAUGUGUGCAAGUUCCCACCAUCGUGGUAUCAUACUAGACUCUGACAUUGCUGAGGCAAUUGCCUCCAUGGAGUCCUAUGAUUUCCUAAAUGAUCUUCUACAUGCUUAUCAGAAUGAUCAAAACUCUGUUCCUAGGCCCAAGCCUACUAAGAAGCGUCAUAAGUCCACAGAUCAGCCAUCCACCUCCUGCCAUCCACAUCUCCAUCAGUUCCAGGUGCCACAAUUCCAGGUUCCACAAUUCCAAGUGCCACAGUUCCAAACGCCACAGUUCCAUGUGCCACAAUUUAGUCCUCAAUUUGUUGGAUAUCCUCCCUAUGUUCGUAUUCCUCUUUUAGUGCCACCAACAAAUUUUCAUCGCAUGCCAUUACCCCUUCCAUUUCUACCACAAGAAACGCCACCCUUGAUGGCAACCACGGUCAGACCCACACCUAUUGUGGGUGGAAUAAUACCGCCUAUCAACCACAUGGCAAGGGGUUUGGGGUUCUUUGGAAACAACAUCAACACCACCACGAACAAUAAUACCCCAAGCAAUUUUGCUAUGAGUAAUAACGUUGCUGCUUCAUGUGUGAUGGCUCCUCCUCUGCAAGCAUGUGCAGGAGCUAUACCUAAUGUCCCAAACACUUACUGUUUCAUGAACCUGACCAGUACUUCUGCUACUGCUGCUGUCUAUGGUGCUGGUGGUGCUAGUGCUAGUAAUCUUGCUGCUCAAGAUGGAGGUGUGCCAUUCCAUUUCCCUUAUAACCCUCCAGUGGCUUUGCAAUUCCCAUCCCUUCCAGAAAUGGCUAAUAGUAGCACCGGCCCUACCGCCUCUACUGGUAACACCAUACAUGCUAGCGGUGCGGCAGAUGCCGAUGCCGAUGCCGAUGCUGAUGCCAAUCAUGAUGUUACUGUCGGUGUUGAUGAUGGUCCGCAGCAACACCAGGAGAACGAAACUACUGCUGACAAUUGUCUAAAUGCUGCGGAUGGAAGCUUGGAUGCAGUAGUUGCUGCCGCUAACAGCCCAGCCGAGAAUAACUUGGAUAUCGAUUGGGAUGAUUUUCAUAUGCCCGAUGACUCUUUGCUAUCCCAGUUUUGGGAGGACAUUAUGAUGGACGAAGACCCGGUGCUUCUGCCUAAUGCUACCUCUACUGAGAACCUUCCACUUACUGGCGACAUACAGGAUCUCGAGGGAUUCGGCCAUGAACCGUAUCUCCUUGACAACAUCGUCUCCGUCGCAAGCACCAGCAGCAGACGCAGUGAGAUGAACUGA